CGGGAAGGCCCCAUGACACGUGGAAAAGGCGUGACAACUGUACCGUCCUUUUGUUCCCAUCACCGCCCCUCCAAUUAAAACCUUUAUAUUCAUUUUCUCUAUUUCAUCUCACCGUCUUUCUUCUUCAUUCUUCGUCGUCUUUGUCUUUCUCAGAUCAUCUGAGUUUUUGAAAAAAAAUAAAAAGAUGGAGAAUUUGAGAGUAAAAGAGUUGCAGAUUUCUGGGUUAAGGGGUGGUGAGAGACCACAUGAAGUGGACCCUCCUUCGGAAUUGGGUACUCCGGCCGCAACAGAAACUAUGUCUAUUGAAUGGACAGAUGAGAAACACAGUAUGUACCUAAAAUCUAUGGAAGCAUCGUUUGUUAACCAGUUGUAUAACUCCAUGGAUACACGUGGUCGGCACAAGGGGAACUUGUCACAUAUAAAAUCAUCCAAGCAACCCCAAUUCAAUUCUCGUGCUGCUUCUGGCCAGUUUAAGGUACUUCGAGGUGGCUGCUGGCAGAAAAUCAAUUUUGGAAGAGGUGAAGCUGAAGUAAAUAAGUCAGAUCAACCUUGUGGUGAUCUUCUGGCAAAUCCGUGGAUCCUGCACUUCAGAUCCACCUGCAAGCCAAAAGAUGUUGAAUCUCCUAUUCUCCAAGAACAGGCUGCGGCUAUAUGUGAAGAAGUUGAUUCAAGUUUGAAGAAAGAAAUUACUUCUGCACCAGCUACUUGUUCGAAGCAGUUUAAUGUAUCUCACUCUCAUUUGAUGCAUCAGGAUAUGGUUGGCGGCAACACAGAGGUGUCAGACCAAAACUUCGCUGAUGAAGAUAUCAAAGAGAAAAAGGCCAUUACUUCAUGCAAUUCUAAGAGGAUGAAAGCUCUUAUACUUCAAGCCUCAAGUAACGAUCAGGUUGUUCCAUUCAGAAAGCCUGCUGAUACUGAAGAUAGAUAACUAAGAGCUUUAUUUCUGCAGCUUCAUGAAGGGAGAGUCUGUAAAAGAAAGCAGAUGGAUUGUCUGGUCACCUUCUAACAUAGUGAUGACACUAGUGACCAAGUUUUGAAGUGAUGCCUGCGUGCAAUCAUACAUUACUGUCUGUGUGUCAGAGAGAGAGAGAGAGAGAUUCAGUCGAGGAAUUCGUUCAUAUGUUUUGGGUGUAAAUAGGAUUGGCAUCAGGAGAAUGGGUGGCAGAAUGUGCCGUUAUUACGCCAGUACAGUUUUAGGGUUUAUUAUCAUUACUGUUUUGGUUAAAACGAUGUAGUAUCUCAUUAUUAGGUAGCGGAGUAUAGAAAUGCUGCUGAUUCAGAUUGUCUACCGCAGAGGAGAUAUCUUGCUGCUAAGCCAGGAUGAUACCAUUGUAGUACUGAUUUUGUGGAUAGCCACAACAUGCAUAGUGUGCUCGAGUUUCUUUUCUGAGA